AUGUUAGACGUGCACAAAACGCCAGGAACCAUUAAACUGACAUCGGCGACAUCGAUUAUAGCGGUUCCGACACCCUCGCGUGACCCGGACGAUCCACUCAACUGGUCGCAUCGUCGGAAACUGCUCUCCAUGGCUUGCAUGUCACUCUUUACGCUUGCUUCUGGAGUCGCCUCAGCAAGCAUUUACUCCAUCCUUAUUCCCAUCUCACAGGACUCUAAUCUCAGUCUCGACACGCUCAAUCAGGGAACAGGGUACAUGUUUCUGUUUCUCGGUCUAGGCUGUCUGUUCUGGCAACCUGUUGCCCAACAAUACGGAAAGCGAUUCGUCUACCUUACCAGUAUGCUGUUGACUCUGGUGGGACAAGUGUGGACUCCGUUCGCAGCCUCCUCCAGCGCCCAUUGGAUCGGAUGUAAGAUCUUCCAGGGCUUUGUCCAGGCCCCUAUCGAGUCUCUCUGUGAAGUAACCAUCUCAGACGUUUGGUUCGAGCACCAGAGAGGUACAUGGGUGGGGCUCUACGCCUUCAUGCUCAUGUUUAGCAACUUCAUUGCGCCAGUGGUAGCUGCUCCCAUCUCGGAAGGAAUGGGUUGGCAAUGGGUGCUGUACUGGGGAGCUAUCUUUUGCGGAGUCGCUAUGGUGGUCCUGUUUCUGCUGUUUGAGGAGACCAAUUACCUGAGAGAGCAGACUGACGGUCACAUGACUCUGGAGGACGACCAUGUUUCUGAGCUGAAUGAGCAAACUAUCCUUGUUGGAGGCGAGAAGCAGGUUGAAACGCCUACUCCAGACAGUACUUCGGGGGCUGACUUGUCUCGUGACAAUUCACCUGUUUCAAACACUCUUGUGCCCCCAUUCACUCCAAAGACAUUCACCCAAAAGCUUCGCAUCUUGGACAAACCACGUCCCUUCACGUUAUGGACGAUGGCCAAACGGCCUCUUCUGCUUCUGAGGUAUCCGGCCAUUGUGUACUCGGGCUUCCUGUAUGGCUCUGGUCUCAUCUGGUUCAACGUUCUGAACGCCACUGCCUCUCUGAUUCUCUCGUCUUCUCCAUACACCUUCACUCCCAUCCAGGUGGGUCUGGCCUAUCUUUCUCCUGCUCUUCUGGCUGCUGUAGUUGGCUGGGGAGGAGGAUAUUUGUCUGACGUGCUGAGAGUGUACAUGGCUCGGCGAAACAACGGUAUUUCCGAGCCUGAACAUCGUCUAUGGGUACUGGUCGUGUACAUCAUUGUCUGUCCUUGCGCGUUGAUUCUCUGGGGAGUAGGAGCAGCUUCUGAGAUCCAUUGGUUCGGUCUUGUGGUGGGAAUGGGGCUCAUCGGAGGCUUUGGAACGAUUGCUGCCACCGCCAGCGUUACUUAUAGCAUUGAUUCGUACCGAGAGAUUGCUUCCGACUCGAUGGCAACAGUCAUUGUCAUCCGAAACCUCAUGUCUUUUGCCAUCGGGUACGGAAUCACUCCUUGGGUUACUCGUGAAGGGUAUUCCAAGGCUUUUGCACAGGCCGCCGGUAUCGCUGUGGCUUGUAUCGGGGUGUUUUUGCCUGUCAUCUACUUUGGUAAGAAGUGGAGAGAGGGCAGCAAGGACCGGUACUGGAAGCUCGUCCAGGAAAGCAUCGAUAAGGGAAUUGCUCAUUAG